CAGCUGUUUGCAGUCGUUUGGCUUGCCUAACAUAUUUUUCAUUUAAAAUACAAUUUAACUAUGCUUACUUUUUGCAGACGCGUACCAAUUAAACGCCUUUUACGGCGCUUACAUAAUGAAGCUGCCGCAAACCCCAAUAACACUAACAGUCUAAUAAAGUUUCAUGGCAAAUGGCCGGUGUUGGAGCAAGAUGAGUUCACACAACACAUGCGCAUUAUUAGCAACUUCAUUACCGUAGAGGAGGAGCAGCAGCUGCAUGAGGAAAUUGAGCCGUAUAUGAGUCGUUUGCGUUACGAGACUGAUCAUUGGGAUGAUGCGAUACAAGGCUUUCGCGAAACGGAACGUAAAAAAUGGUAUCCACACAAUCGUGCUGUAUUAGAGCGUGUGCGUCAAGUGGCCUUCGAUGGUGCAAUUAUGCCCUAUGUUCAUAUAUUGGAUUUGGCGGCUGACGGUGUCAUUAAACCGCAUGUGGACAGCACGCGGUAUUGCGGCAACACCAUAUCGGGCAUAAGCUUGCUGAGUGACAGUGUCAUGCGUUUGGUGCGCACAGAUGCUGAAAAAUACCAGCAAGGCAACACGGCUUCUAACGACAAGGAAAAGGAUACGGCGUAUCGACAUCAGCCUGUGCCACUGCGGGAUGAUAAUUUCUAUGCAGAUCUCUUGCUACCACGUCGCUCACUUUAUAUCAUGAGCCAUACCGCCCGAUAUAAUUUUACGCACGAGAUCCUGGCUAAUGAGCAUGCUACCUUUUGUGGCAAUCCAGUUCAGAAGACUCGUCGCAUUUCUAUCAUAUGCCGCAAUGAGCCCUGAAGCUGUGUUAUACAUACUUAUUAUUGUUAAACCAUUUAUUAAUUUUUCAUGCAGGUUUAUCGAGUCUGUUUUUUUUAAAUUGAAAAUAUAAUGUGCAAUCAUAU